AUGCUCCUACGGUAUGCUGACGUGAACGGUAUGGGAGAACACUCGCGAAUCUUUGCGUCCGUUUCAUUAUUAUACCGGUUGGUACGUUUGAGACAACCUUACACAAUGCAUGGCAUGGAUGCCAGUCAAUUUUGCAAAUCACACCAGGGCAACGUCGAGUCGAAAAAGACCUUGGUCCUCGUUCGCAAGUUGUUGAUGGAUACUUCGAUAUCAGCCAUCAUCAACGGGAUUAUUGCAGUGGACGCACGGGGCGAAAGAAGUGAUGACACUGCUCGGCAAAAAGACGGUGCGGGAAGCUUGCCCCAUUCUGACCGCUUCGUUCGGAGAAACCCACGAUAUGAUCCUGAUCGAUCGAUCGAUCGUAUGGAGCUUUCUCGGUACUGCAUCAUCACGCUGACGCAAACCGCCUUGACCUUUGCCGGUUCCUUCAAGAAACCCUUGCGAGCACGGCUACCCUAA